AUGUCUAAACGAAGCAGCGUUGCGUCUUCAGGCGCGAAUGGUGCCAUGGCAAAGCCCAACUUCAAUUCUAAUCAGCCCGGUAUGCUGCAAUGGACUGCCGUCCUCCCUACCUCCCUACCACUUCGAACUGAAACCCAUUCACCUGCUAACCAGCUUCUUGCACCCUGUGAAGCUAUUGACAAGCAAAAGACGCUUCUCUCUGCAGAUGUGGGACACUUUAGCUUGGUGCGCGCAAUGCAUCUUGCUGACCUUAUCACCUUGAUGAAUGGCUUCUGCGGUGUCAUGUCCAUCUUUUCCUCCUUGCGAUACUGCCUUGGCGAUCCGAAUGCCUUCGACAAGGUUUGGCUCGCGCUAGCCUUCCUUCCCUUUGGGCUGUUUUUUGACUUCCUUGAUGGGAGAGUCGCACGGUGGAGGAACAAGAGUAGUCUCAUGGGUCAAGAGCUGGAUUCUCUAGCCGAUCUGAUUUCUUUCGGCGUCGCUCCAGCCAUGGUAGCUUUUACUAUUGGCUUUCGAUCUACCCUCGACACCAUUGGUCUCGCCUUCUUCGUUCUCUGUGGCUUGACACGCCUUGCUCGCUUCAAUGUGACCGUUGCAGUGCUUCCGAAGGACGCUACGGGCAAGAGCAAGUUUUUCGAAGGCACACCGAUUCCCACAUCUCUCUUUUUAGAUGCCAUCAUGGCGUACUGGGUAUACUGUGGCUGGACCCUAGACGAUGUGCCCUUUGGCACCUGGUUUCAAGGCUCCGCGUUGGAGUUGCAUCCCGCCGUCUUUCUAUUCAUGCUGCAUGGCUGUCUAAUGACGAGCAAGACCAUCCACAUACCCAAGCCUUAA